AUGGCCGCAAACGAUACGGCAAUCGGAGCUCGGACGGAGAAGUUAUGGGAUUUGGAAAGUAACGUAAGGGUUUCGGUGAAGUUUUCGUUCUUCCCUCCCCUGGAAGCUGAAAGCUUCGUUUUUGUUGGAAUGAAAGGGACGAAGGGCUUAGGUUCACUUAAAAGGGCUGGUUUGGUUGGAUUGACAGCUCGGUUUGGGUCCGGUUCAACCGGUUCGGCUGCUUUUCUGUCAGCUUUGGUUGGAUCAGAGGUUGCAUAUUCUGCUACACAAGAUACAGUGGCAACUCUCUCGGAGGCUUACGAAACAACUAAAAAUCAUCGAUCAUUCCCAAAAAACACAUCACUACAAGAAAGUGAAGAAUUUAACUUAUUAACUCAUUUUUCUCAGUAUAAUGUUGGCUUUGUUUUUGAUGCAAAAGCAGGCAGUGGAAAUUCAUGGUUGCAACACGAUUUUAAUUCAACAAAUAUUUCUGGCAUCAAUGAAUAUAGGCAAGGUCCUUUAUAUUCUGUAUUCCCUAUGAAACUGGCUCAAGUUUCCUCUGUGCAGAACCUUUUUGAGUUUAUAUGCUCAGGGCCUUUGCUAGAAAAAAUAGGUGUGACUGCAGAGAUGGUUGCAGAGUACAUAGAUAAGUGGUUGUUAUACGGUCGGCUGCUAUCUCAAUUGUUUCAGUUGAACGAGUUGUACUUAACGGUGCCUCAAAAAGCUAGGAUCUAUCAAUAUUAUAUACCGGUCUUCCUCUGGUGUGAAGAUCAGAUUAAGCAACAUUGGUCGACAUUCAAAAAUGAAGAAGAUGUACCUCCUUUAGUGAUUGGAUUUAGUGCUCCCCAAGGUUGUGGAAAGACGACCCUUGUCUUUGCUCUUGAUUAUCUUUUUCAGAAGACUGGCAGGAAGUCGGCAACAAUAUCUAUAGAUGACUUUUAUUUGACGGCUGAAGGUCAGGGUAAACUAAGAGACGCUAAUCUGGGAAAUUCCCUUCUUGAGUUCCGAGGAAAUGCAGGAAGCCAUGAUCUUCCUUUGUCUGUUGAAACCUUAACAGCUCUGUCCAAAUUCACAAGAGAAGGUAUGAAGAUAAAGCCACCUCGAUAUGACAAAUCUGCAUUCAAUGGAAGAGGCGACCGUGCUGAUCCUUCAACUUGGCCAGAGGUCGAAGGACACCUUACGGUUGUGUUAUUUGAGGGUUGGAUGCUCGGCUUCAAGCCUCUUCCUACGGAAUUUGUGAAGGCUAUUGAUCUUCAGGUCAGA